CCUCCCCGCCUGGCUGCCAGCUCCGGCGCAGGGAUGGCGGCCUCGGCGCUGGCGAGCGAGGGGCGCCGCCAGGUCCGGCGGGCGCUGCAGAGCCGAAAAUGGCUUUGGGUAUCCAGCGGCAGAGAAUAUGCAUCUGUAACAGGUCAAAGCUGUAUCGAGAAAGUCCUCGUGGCAAACCGAGGAGAGAUUGCCUGCAGGGUGAUGCGAACUGCCCGGAAAAUGGGGGUGAAGUCGGUGGCAAUUUACAGCGAGGCUGACCGGAAUUCGAUGCACGUAGCCAUGGCAGAUGAAGCCUAUUGCAUUGGCCCAGCACCAUCUCAGCAGAGCUACCUAUCCAUGGAAAAAAUAAUGCAAGUGGCCAAAAAAUCUGCAGCACAGGCUAUCCAUCCAGGCUAUGGCUUUCUGUCUGAAAACACGGAGUUUGCUGAACUUUGUAACCAAGAAGGGAUAAUUUUCAUAGGUCCUCCUUCAUCUGCUAUCAGAGAUAUGGGCAUUAAGAGCACUUCCAAGGCCAUCAUGUCUGCGGCUGGAGUUCCUGUGGUGGAAGGUUAUCAUGGAGAAGAUCAAUCAGACAGGUGCUUGGAAGAGCAAGCCAGGAGGGUCGGCUACCCAGUUAUGAUCAAGGCUGUUCGUGGAGGUGGAGGAAAGGGAAUGAGAAUAGCAUUUACUGAAAAAGAGUUUCAGGAGCAAUUGGAAUCAGCUCGAAGAGAGGCAAAGAAGUCCUUCAACGAUGAUGCCAUGUUGAUAGAGAAGUUUGUUGACAAUCCAAGGCAUGUAGAAGUUCAAGUAUUUGGCGACCAUCAUGGCAAUGCAGUCUAUUUGUUUGAAAGAGACUGUAGCGUACAGAGAAGACAUCAAAAAAUUAUUGAGGAAGCUCCAGGGCCAGGAAUUAAGCCUGAUGUGAGAAGAAAACUCGGAGAAGCAGCUGUUAGAGCAGCUAAAGCUGUGAACUAUGUUGGAGCAGGGACAGUGGAAUUUAUAAUGGACAGGGCACAUAAUUUCUAUUUUAUGGAAAUGAACACCAGGCUGCAGGUGGAGCAUCCAGUUACUGAGAUGAUCACAGGGACUGACUUGGUGGAAUGGCAACUGAAGGUUGCUGCAGGAGAGAAGAUUCCUUUGACUCAGGAAGAGAUUGUCCUCAGUGGACAUGCGUUCGAAGCUAGGAUCUACGCUGAAGAUCCCAACAAUAACUUCAUGCCAGGAGCUGGACCCUUACUGCAUUUGUCCACACCACCUGAUGACAGCUGUACCAGGAUAGAAACCGGGGUAAGACAAGGGGAUGAGGUUUCUAUAUACUAUGAUCCGAUGAUUGCUAAAUUAGUUGUAUGGGCGGAAGAUCGCCAAGCUGCUUUAAGGAAAUUAAGAUAUUGCCUUCGACAAUAUAAUAUUGUAGGGCUGAGUACCAAUGUGGAUUUCUUACUGAAUCUCUCGGCCCAUCCAGAGUUUGAAUCUGGGAACGUUCACACUAAUUUUAUCCCUCAACACCAUGAUGAGCUCUUUCCACCCAAACGGGCAAUCUCAAAAGUGAGUUUGUGCCAGGCUGCUCUUGGGCUCAUUUUGAAAGAGAAAGUCAUGACAGAUACCUUUAGACUUCAGUCAGAAGAUAAGUUCUCUCCAUUUGCAUCCAGCAGUGGCAGGAGAAUAAAUAUCCCCUGUGUUAGAAACCUGAUUCUUCUGGAUAAUGGAAAAAAUGUGAAUAUUGCCAUACAGUACAAUCAUGAUGGAUCUUACGACAUGCAGAUAGAGGAUCAAUUUUUCCACGUUUCUGGUUGCCUUUCAAGGGAUGAUGACAUAGAAUAUAUAAGAUGUUCAGUGAAUGGAGUCGUUCAUCAGUCCAAACUAGUCAUUCUGGACACUGCCAUUUACCUCUUCUCAUUGGAAAGCCAUGAGCAGAUCCAUCUUCCAGUGCCAAAAUAUUUAACUAGUGUGAGUUCAGGAGGAGAUCAGAGUGGGGCUGUGGCUCCCAUGACAGGGACAGUGGACAAGGUGUUUGUGAAACCUGGAGAUAAAGUUCAAGUUGGGGACCCACUUGUGGUGAUGACAGCUAUGAAAAUGGAGCAUACCAUUCGGGCUCCGAACGCAGGGAUAAUAAAGAAAGUUCUUUAUCAGGAGGGUUCGCAGGUCAACAGACAUGCUCCACUUGUUGAGUUAGCAGAGGAAGACUGAUUCAGAAUAAUUCCCUGUGAUUGGAGUUUCUGGAAGAACUGCCUCCAAAUUCUUUGCUGCACAAGAAUGAAAGAGAAGAAUUUCAAGGGCUGAUUUACCUAUGCACAGCCAUUGUUUGAUGUUCCUCAGUGUUUAAAAUUAUUCUUUCUUAUUGCUGGAUUUCUUAGUAGUUGAUGUCUCUCCAUGAAAGAAGAAAAUGGUCGGCACUGAAAAAUAUUUUAAAUCUUCACCUGAGAGGCUGUCUGUUAUAAUGGAUACUGUGAUGCAUGCGUGGGUAACAUACAUGUAACCACUAGUCCAAAGAUGUUCCUCCAGUCUAAAAAAUGUGCCUUUUUGAGAAUUGGACUUGAAAAGUUUGUGAUCACAUUUUCAUUUAGUCAACAAUGAAAUCUGAUGGUUUUGGACAAGCUGAGUUCUCACAUCCCCCUUGGCAUAAUAAUAGCUUGGCCCAGGAUGGUUAGCAUGGAUGAAGAAAUCUGGACUGUAAAGAACUGAGUGCGCUAAAGAACCGAAGGGAGUGAAGUGAUGUACCUUUCCAGAGUCUGUACACAGUUGACGGAUCAAUGGUAGCUAGAAAUACAGUAGAAAAGAUACUGUACGGACACAAGUACCUUCUUCCCCAUCUUCUUCACCAGCAUGUAUUGUCCUUCCGAAAACAGCUGAAAUGACAUUUUACAGCUUCAAAGACCAAAUUCAAUUGCUGCAAUUAUUUUAAAAUAUUUUGAGAGCUGGAGUUGAGAAUGAGAAAUUGUAAUUUGUAAUCUAUAACAGGGACGGUUCUGAUCUCUCUCUGUCCCAGGUUUGAUUAUCUGAUUAUGGAAUUUCUAAUACAAGAUCUCCAUGUUUUAAACAAUAUAUUUAAAAGGCUAACAUG